AUGGCAAACUCCGGUAUUCAGCUGCUGGGAUUUUUCUUAUCGCUAAUAGGUAUUGUAGGACUGAUCGUCGGGACUAUUCUGCCUCAGUGGAAGAUGUCAGCAUACAUCGGGGACAACAUCAUCACAGCUGUGGCCAUGUACCAGGGGCUUUGGAUGUCAUGCGCUUUCCAAAGCACCGGACAGCUCCAAUGUAAAAUCUACGACUCCAUUCUGCAGCUUGACAGUUCGCUCCAGGCCACUCGUGCCUUGAUGAUAGUCGGCAUCAUCGUGUCCAUUGCGGGGCUGGGUGUGGCCUGUAUGGGAAUGAAGUGCACCACCUGUGGAGGAGGUGACAAACUACGAAAGUCCCGCAUUGCCAUGACGGGAGGCAUCAUCCUACUAGUGGGAGGGCUGUGUGCCAUCGUAGCAUGCUCCUGGUUUGCUCACAAUGUGAUCCGGGCCUUCUAUAAUCCCUACACUCCUGUCAACACCAAGUUUGAGUUUGGUGCUGCCAUCUUCAUCGCGUGGGGUGGCUCCCUUCUUGACGUCCUGGGCGGGGCCAUGAUGGCCGCUUCCUGUCCACGAAAGAAGCAUGUCUCCAAAUACCCAUCUAUGCCCAGUUCCCGCUCCGGCCCACCCAGCAGCACUAAGGAAUACGUCUGA